GGGGAAGAGGAAAAAAACAGUUUGUAUGAAGAUGGAGAUGUUGUUAUAGGGGGCUUAUUCCCUCUACACUACAGCCCUGUAUCUUCUCUUCCUACUUACAAAACAAAACCAACACCUAAUAUGUAUAAAUAUUUCAGCGCUCGUGCCUUGCGCUGGAUGCAAACCAUGACUUUUGCAAUCAAAGAGAUCAACCAGCGCAGUGACCUUCUGCCACAGCUCAAGCUGGGUUUCCACAUCCGUGAUAGUUGUGAUGACAUACCUGUGUCUCUGACAGCUUCUUUGCUGCUGGUGAACGGCCAGCCAGAGAGAGGUUCCAGAGCCGAGAGUGGAAAAAAAGACAAAGGUCCAAAAAGUAACCUUGGCUCUAAUUUAGGUUGUGCUGCUGUACAAAGGUCUGUGUCCCCAGUAAUCAUAGGAGAUGCUGCCUCUGGGGUGUCCAUGGCUUUGUUGAGAAGCCUGGGUUCUUUCCAUAUCCCCCUGGUGAGCUAUUUUGCAUCCUGCAGCUGUCUGAGCAACCAAAGGGAGUUCCCCACAUUCAUGCGUACCAUGCCUAGUGACGCUUUCCAGGUCAGAGCCCUGGUCCGGCUGGUUAACUAUUUUGGCUGGACCUGGGUGGGAGUCAUUGGGGUCGAAUCUGAUUAUGCUCGCUUUGCCAUCCAGCUCUUCCUGCAAGAGUCAGUGCAGUACGAUGUCUGUGCUGCCUACACUCACUUCUACCCCGUAGUCCUGAGUCAGCAGGCUCUAGAUGAGCUUCUGGAUGUUAUCCAGAUGGCGUCGUCAAAGGUCAUCAUUAACUUCUCCGGUGAGUCAGAGAUGCAGGGCAUUCUGAGAGAGACCCAACGUCGGAAUAUUACUGGUCUGCAGUGGAUCGCUAGUGAGGCUUGGACCACUGCCAGAUCACUCUGGGAAAAGUUUGGAGAUCUUCUCACAGGAACGCUGGGAUUUGCAAUCCAGAGAGCUGAUGUGAUUCCAGGGCUGAAACAACACCUCACUCGUCUCAGACCAUCCUAUAUUUAUCAGUCAGCUUUCUUAGCAGAAUUUUGGGAAGAGCUGUUUAACUGUCGACUUAACGGGUCACUGAACAACCACUCCCAUGGGGUCGACAACUACUUCGACAGAUUGCCAUGUAAAGGGACGGAGGAUUUAAGUGAAGUUUACUCUCCUUUUUCUGAUGUGACACAGCUAAGAGUGUCCUAUAAUGUCUACAAAGCUGUGUAUCUGGUGGCCCAUGCCUUGCAAGAUAUGAGUAACUGCAUAGUUGGACAGGGCCCGUUCCUUAAUGGCACCUGUGCAAACCCAAAGAAUUUUAAAUGUUGGCAGCUAAUCCACUACAUGAAGCAAGCUAAUUUUUCUGCACUGGGGGAAAAAGUCAACUUUGAUGAAAACGGUGACCCUAUUGCUUAUUACGAUCUCUUGAACUGGCAAAGGAGGCCUGAUGGCUCACUACAUUUGGUAAAAGUAGGUUUCUAUGACGCCUCCUCGUCUACUGGACGCAGCCUGGUCAUAAAUGACUCAGUGAUUCAGUGGCCUGUUGGAAAGCAGGCUUCCCGGUCUGUAUGCAGCGACAGUUGUCCUCCAGGUUCCCGCAUCGCCAGGAGAAAGGGGGAACCCAUCUGCUGUUUUGAUUGUGUCCCCUGUGCUGAGGGAGAAAUUAGCAAUAAGACUGAUUCUUUAGAGUGCUCACACUGCUCAGAGGACACAUGGCCUAAUAAAGCCAGAGAUCUCUGCAUCCCAAAGACUAUUGAGUUCCUGUCUUUCCAGGAGUUGUUAGGUAUUGUUCUGUGUGCUGUAUCUGUCUUUGGGGCGUGUAUUUCCCUCUCUAUCCUCAUCAUAUUCUUCACAUACAAAGACACACCACUUGUUCGGGCCAACAACAUGGAGUUGAGCUUCCUUCUCUUGGUAUUUCUUGCUGUCUGUUUCCUUGUUGGCCUGUUGUUCAUCGGUGAGCCUUCAGACUGGCUUUGCCGCAUCAGGUAUCCAGCAUUUGGGAUCAGUUUUGCCCUUUGCCUUUCAUGCCUCCUGGCAAAGACAGUGGUGGUCCUAAUGGCCUUUAGGUCCACGCUACCAGGAAGUAAGGUCAUGAAGUGGUUUGGACCCAACCAGCAGAGAGCCAGUGUGCUUGUCAGUGCAGCUGUGCAGGUAAUAAUAUGUUUAAUCUGGCUGCUCACCAGCCCACCUCAUGCCAACAACAACAGAGAUUACCACAGUGCUACCAUCAUCAUUGAGUGUGUUACUGGCUCAGAGAUCGGCUUCUGGUGUGUUCUUGGAUACAUCGGCAUCUUGGCCUGCAUGUGCUUCCUAAUGGCUUUUUUAGCUAGGAAGCUGCCAGAUAAUUUUAAUGAGGCAAAGUUCAUCACCUUCAGCAUGCUGAUAUUCUUUGCUGUGUGGAUUACUUUUAUCCCAGUUUAUGUGAGCACAGCUGGGAAAUACACAGUGGCUGUCCAUAUUUUUGCUAUUUUAGCUUCAGCUUUAGGUCUCCUUUUUUGCAUUUUUGCUCCAAAGUGCUACGUCAUAAUUCUGAAACCAGAAAAAAACAACAAGAAAAACAUGAUGCAAAGAUGA